UUCGGAUCCGAGACACAAGCCCAGACCAAAACGAAACCCCGCACGCCUCGCCUCGCCUCGCCGCUGCCGCUGCCGCUGCCGCUGCCGCUGCCGCCGAUGGAGACCGACGCCGACGAAGCCCCGCUGCUCGCCGAAGAGCCCCUGCGGCCGGGAUCCUGCAGCAGCGAGCUCGAGCUGCGGGAGUUCCGCGACCGCUACGUGAUCCGCUCGCUCGACGGGGGCGGCGCCUUCGCCGUCGCUCGCUCCGACGGCUCCCUCCGCCCUCUAUCCCCAGAGGAAGCCGCGUCCGGGAGCGACUGCAAGAUCUCGAGGAUAUAUGGAGUGGCCGGCAUGAUCAGAAUGCUCGCCGGUGAGUGAAACUGUGAACAUUUGCCCGAGACCAAACAAUUGCAGGCAGCUACAUACUUGUCAUCACUUCUCGAAAGGACGCUGGCUCUUAUCAGGCUUCUACUGUUUACCAUGUGAACUCGAUGAAAUUCUUAUGCUGCAACGAGGCUAUAAAGCAUUUAACUUCACAGGAAAAAAGAGAUGAGGCAUACUUCAUGUCUCUCUUGAGAAUUGCAGAAACUACCUGUGGACUGUAUUACUCGUACGACAGGGAUUUGACAUUAAACUUGCAGAGAGCAUCAAAGCUAGUUGCGGGGAGGGUACAUAAACCAUUAUGGAAACAGGCUGAUCCACGGUUUGUUUGGAACAGGAAUUUGUUAGAGGAGCUUAUUGAAGCUAAGCUUGAUGAGUUCAUCACCCCACUGAUCCAAGGAAGUUUUCAGACUGCACAAUUUACCUUGAAGCAUGGACCAGUCAGAAUAACUUUAUUCUCUCGGAGAUGCAACAGGCGUUUAGGGACAAGAAUGUGGAGAAGGGGCGCAAAUCUUGAAGGUGCCACCGCUAAUUUCGUUGAAACAGAACAGCUGGUUGAGUAUGAGGGUUUAACAUCCUCAUUUAUACAGGUUCGUGGCUCUAUUCCACUUCUCUGGGAGCAAAUAGUGGAUUUGAGCUACAAACCACGACCCAGCAUUAUUGAACAUGAUGAAAUGACGAAGGUUGUUCAACGCCACUUUCACGAUCUUUCACAAAGAUAUGGAGAUACAAUGGUUGUUGAUUUGACUGAUAAACAAGGUGAUGAAGGAAAUUUAAGCAAUGCAUUUGCUGCUGAAAUGGAGAAAUUCCCUAAUAUCAGGUAUGUGCAUUUUGAUUUCCAUCAUAUUUGUGGAGGAGGGAACUUUCAUAACUUGCAAGCUCUCUAUGAUGAAGUUGAGGAAACUAUUCACAAACAAGGAUACUUUCUCAUGAACUCGAAAGGAGAGAUAUUGUUGGACCAAAGUGGUGUAGUUAGGUCCAACUGUAUUGAUUGCUUGGACCGCACUAAUGUGACGCAGAGUUUCUUAGCAAGAAAAUCGUUGGACUCGCAGCUGCAGCGAAUGGGUGCUUUAUCAUCAGCUGAAAGCAUCUCUCAAUCUGAUGGCAUUAAUGAUACAUUUAAAAAACUGUGGGUUGAGCAUGGAGAUGAGCUAAGCCUUGAAUAUGCUGGUUCUUAUGCUUUAAAGGGAGACCUUGUGAGGUAUGGAAGGCAGACGCUACCUGGAUUAAUUAAAGAUGGCAUGAGUGCCCUUUCGCGAUAUUAUUUGAAUAAUUUUCAUGACGGUGUGCGACAAGAUGCUCUAGAUCUUAUCAGCGGUUACUACACGGUCAGCAAAAGCAGCUCUUCUCCUUUCCAAAUCGUCGGGUUUGAAUCUGCACCGUAUCUUCCCGUGGCGUCGGCAAUCAUAGUUGGUGGGAUUACUGUCACAACUUUCACUCUUAGUCAAGUUGGACGGAGCGCACAACACCUCAUAUCCUCCAUUAUCUGUGCUGGCUUGACAGCCGGAGUGGUAGCCUUGGUGAAAGCAAAUGGAAAGCAGUUUUGCUCUAGACCCCGCUUGUGUGGUCUGAUCUAAUUUCUAACCUUUGUUAUCCAUUUUCAGACCUCUGUUGUUAAAAUUGAAUGUAUAUAGAUCCCAUAGCAAGUUUUACUUGUCCACUGACUAUGUAGAUUAAAUAAGGGAACGGGUCGGCCUUCUGGUCUUGUAUACUGAAGUACGUAACACCUUAGACUGUCCAGUUUCUAAGUAGAUUGCUCAAUCAGACGAGCACAAUGCCUUCCAAUAUUGUAAACUGAAGUUAAUUUGGGACACCAGACUGUACUGCGCAGUUUAUGUAUCUUCAGUAAUUGUAAUGAAAUUGUGAAUACGGAACUUCACGGUCAAGAUGAAUAUAUACCGUAGGCAUAGCGCAGUGUGGAAAGUAGUCUCUUGCA